AUGGCCCACGACAACAAUGAAGUGCAAUAUCCUGCAUCAGAAAGUAGCAAUUCUAUCGCUGGCGACAUGGAUAAAGAAAUGGAACCUUGGACUGACAAGUUUACGCCAUUCCCUGAAACGACGUUUCCAGAAUCAAGCGGGACGCUCGUGACGCUUCCCUCUAUUUUGGUUGGCGUCAUCUGUGGCAUAAUGGUCAAUGGGUCCAACAUCUAUCUUGGACUGAAGACAGGCUGGACAUCAUCUGCAAACCUUCUGGGGUCUGUUGUUGGAUUCGCUAUUUUCAAAAAUCGCUCUCCUGCCACAUUUGGCCCACACCAGAAUAACAUUGUACAGACCAUUGCGACCGCGUCAGCUGGCUUGUCCAGCACUUUCAUCUCCGCCAUACCGGCUACAUACCAACUUGGGCUACUUGAUACUCCCUCCAAAGAUCUUUUGCAUAUCCUGCUGCUGACGGUCGCGGGGGGGUAUUUCGGCCUGCUUUCGGUUGUGCCUUUGAGAAAAUUCUUCAUCGAGAAAAAGUCGGCCCGGGACCUGAAUCUCGUUUUCCCAUCAUCCACUGUGACGGCACUUACCAUUCGGGCCUUGCACUCGGCGGCUAGUUCAGCGUCCACGGCAGUAAAGCAGCUGCGCGUCACAAUUUGGGCCUUUGCUGCCGCCGGCACGCUACGAAUACUAUCACCAUUAGCCACUGGAGUUCUUUGGGAGUGGCAUAUUUUUACGUGGGCUCGUGCAGCGAACCUCUUUCCAGACGUCGCCAUGGCGGCAGAGAGCUGGGGCUGGUUCAUAGAAUGGACGCCGGCUAUGAUAGGAUCGGGAAUGCUAGUCGACAUAAAUAUAGCAGCCUCCUUUUUUGCUGGCUCAGUCUUGGCAUGGGCGGUUGUUGGGCCUUAUGUUGUCUCGCAGCGAAUCGCGUUCGGUUUACCAGUAUCGGCGGAGCCGUACUGGGAGGGAUUAUAUUCGUAUACGUCAAUGUCGGCAGAGUACGCCAACGCUAAUUCUCCCAGCCCGAGAUACUGGCUGCUAUGGCCAGGCGUGGCGUGUAUGCUUGCAGUCUCUUUGACUGAUAUGUUGUACCAGUUGAUUUCAAUGCUUUAUUCAAGUGGUCUAUUUACCCGCACCGAAACAGCAAUACGGUCGAGUAGUUAUGCUGCUCUACCAAAUGGUGACAAUGGCGAACGAUAUUCGAGCCGCCACAGUAUUUCUGCUUUUUCCUGGGCCCCGGGACUCUUCCUUGCGGGAAUAUUCGCUAUCAUUGGCAUGAAGUUUGCCUUUGGUAUUUCGGUACUCAAGACUCUGCUUGCACUAGCUUUAACGUUUCCCCUUUCGCUCGUCGCAAUACAGGCGACUGGCGCAACAGAUACCACACCCUUGACGGCAGUAUCGACAGUGUCGCAAAUUAUUUUGAGUAUCAGCCACGGCAAUUCAGGACUCGAUCUAACCCUGCAGCAGCGACUCAAUCUCCUCGGCGGCGCCUUGGCCAACAUGAGUGCAAGCCAAGCUUGCGACUUGAUGGGCGACUUUCGCGUCGGAUAUCUUCUUCGAACCCCUGCCGCAACUCAAUUUCUAGGUCAAGCAAUUGGGACGCUAUUCGCCUCUCUUGCAGCUCCGAUGCUUUUUAAUCUUUUCAUCGCCGCAUACCCAUGUAUUAUUCAACACAACGACGUCAAUCAAAGUCGCUCUGGCAGUAACCAGACUGUCUCCGUUCACCGCUGCGAAUUUGGUGGACCGUCAAUCUCGACUUGGCGAGCGGUAGCUGUGGCCACCUCGGUCGGCACCGAGAGCGCCGUCCCCGGCACCAGUAUUUCAUUCGCCGUGUGGUUCACAGUCCUCGGAGCUGCAGUGGCUCUGGUUCGAAAUAUUAUAAAGAGCUCUCUCAAGCCUUAUUUCCCCAACAUGAUGAUCAUGGGACUGGCCUUUACGAUGCCAUCACCCCCAUAUGGCCUGGCGAUGCUGGGCGGGGCGCUGGCGGGGCGCAUUUGGAGGCACAGGCAAAGGGUUUCAUAUGAAAACUACCUCUCCUCAGUAGCCGCGGGAUUGAUAGCCGGUGAAGGAAUUGGGGGAAUAAUCAAUGGAGCACUGAUGAUUGCGGUCGGGUGGGGAGGCGAAGGCUGGGGUACACGGGUAGGAUGCCCGGGUGAUCAAUGCUAA